AUGGAACCCGACGACUUUGAUCCUGAAGAUAAAGAGAUUCUGAGCUGGGAUAUUAACGACAUGAAACUGCCACAGAACGUGAAAAAGACUGACUGGUUCCAGGAGUGGCCCGACUCCUACGUGAAACAUAUCUACAGCUCAGAUGACAGGAAUGCUCAGCGCCACCUGAGCAGCUGGGCCAUGCGCAACACCAACAACCACAACUCCCGAAUCCUUAAGAAGUCGUGCCUGGGAGUGGUGGUGUGCAGCAGGGACUGCUCCACAGAGGAGGGCCGCAAGAUCUACCUGAGACCGGCCAUCUGUGACAAAGCCCGGCAGAAGCAACAGAGGAAAUGCUGUCCCAACUGCAAUGGUCCCCUGAAGCUUAUUCCCUGCCGAGGCCACGGGGGAUUUCCGGUCACCAACUUUUGGAGGCACGACGGACGCUUCAUAUUUUUCCAGUCCAAAGGAGAACAUGACCAUCCCAAGCCAGAAACCAAACUGGAAGCAGAGGCGAGAAGAGCCAUGAAGAAAGUGCACAUGGCAUCGGCCUCUGGCUCCUUGCGGAUGAAGGGAAGCCCAGAAACAAAGGUUCUUCCAAGUGAAAUACCGAGUCAGGGAAGUUUACCUUUAACUUGGUCAUUCCAGGAAGGCGUCCAACUGCCCAGCAGUUACAGCACACCUUUAAUAGCUAACGCCUCCCAGCAGAACUCCCUGAAUGAUUGCCUAUCCUUUCCCAAGAGUUACGAUUUGGGGGGAACCACUGAGCUGGAAGAUCCAACUUCCACCUUGGACCCCACUAUGCUCUAUGAGAAAUGCAAAUUCUCCAGCAGUGGGAUCUACAGCAGUGAAGACCAGUUUCAGCCUCCUGUCCCUGGAGUCUACACAGAUUAUGACGAUCUGCAAGCCUGGAAUAAAAAUGCUUCCUUGGGGAGAAAUCCUAACGACGACACCUGCUAUCCCAACUAUCCUCUGCCUGUGUCCAGCUGGCCCUGUGACUUCUUUCCCUCCCAGAACUCUUUGGAGCACUUUCCCCAACAGAUCCCACUAGAAGCAGCUGCAGCCCAAACUGGCUGUCAUCCACUGUGGUCCAAUCCAGGAGGUGAACCUUAUGAAGAGAAAGUGCCGAUGGAUUUCAACAGCUAUGUGCCUUCCCUCACGUACCACUCACCUCAGCAGGACCCCUUUCUGCUCUCCUAUGGCUCUCACCCUCAGCAGCAAUACUCACUGCCCAGCAAGAACAGCAAGUGGGAUUUUGAGGAAGAGGUGGCAUGCACAGGCUUGGAUCACUUCAACAACGAAAUGUUUCUAAACCUCUGUCCUUUAAGAUGAGUCAUGAAUCUCAAAUUGUUAAAGAGCUAGAAGAAUAAUACCCUUUGGAAAUGGGCUUCAAAGCAUAGCCU